AUGGCGGUGUUGUCGUCUAACUCAAGUGUUGUCUCAGGGAUUUCUGAUACUAAUGUCGCAUUAUCAACAGCUUUUAACAGUCUGAAUUCAUUUUCUGUUUGUGGAGAAUGCCGACAAGAAUUUACAAGUGUAGCUGAGUUUUUAUAUCACCAAGCAGCACAUAAAGUUGGGGAGCACUACAAGUGUCAGUUGUGUGAGAGGGACUUUCGGAAGGACAAAGCACUACAACGGCAUUAUAGAGCACGGCAUCGCAUUCAGCGAGCACAGGACAACGAAAUAUCAAAUGCUGAUCAGCCACAGCAGACUCAUGUUGACCAGAAUGAUGGUUUGAACCAGGUAAAGAUUUGUGUUGAUGAAUCGGAAGAACUACAUUCUUCAUUAGUGCCAAUCACCACAUCUAACUCGUCACUGUGUCGAAUCAGAAAAGCAAACUUAAGGAAAAGACUGACGGACUCGCAUGCAUGCGAGCAGUGCACAAAAGUAUUCAGUUACCGUUCAGCACUAAAAAAGCACUAUGCGACACAUACUUCUGAAAAACCAUGUGUAUGUGAAGAGUGUGGCAAAGCAUUUAAAACAAAAUCUAACCUUGGUCAGCAUUUGAAAGUGCAUCUAAGGAAUGGCAACCAGUUCAAGUGUUCGCAGUGUGAUUUCACGUCAGACAAUCAUGCCGCCGUGCAUGCCCACAGACAGAUUCAUCCCGAAGGGUGCCUCAUCUGUGAGAUAUGUGGCAUGGCCUAUGGUGAAAAGUCCAAUUUGACAAAGCACAUGAGAGUUCAUGAUCCGAGUCGACCGUAUAGUUGCAGCUACACUGACUGUCCGUGGAAGUUCAAAACAGAAAUGAUGUGUCACGCUCACAUAAAAGCUCACAACACGCAGGGCCAACACCGCUGCAGCUACUGUGGUUUCAUGUUCAGACACAAAUGCCACCUGAGGCGACACGAGCGUGUGAAACACGGCGUGGUACUCGACAGAAGGCGCGCACGCAUCUCUGUUGUUACCAGCGAUGUUCACAAUGGCGGAGACUUGGAGGAACCGGUGAGCAAGCCUCAGGUGACGACCGAUGUGGUGAAUGCUGGCAACGAGAAGUUACAAGCAUCCAUACAGAGGGGGUUAGUUGUGAAGAAUCACGUCAGUGACCAGUCAACCCUUUAUGGACCCGACAGCCAACACGAGGGAGUCUCUGUUCCCAUAGAGCUGAUGCACGGAUCCUAUAGCUACAUACCUGUACUGUCUCAUGAUCAAGAGCAGUCACAUACUUAUUAUGUAGUGAACACUACUAGUUCUCAGCAGCAGGUGGCGCCAGUGAUGCUGCACAGUGUUCAUCCUCAGCUCCAAGCUCACAGUGGCCAACAACCACAACAGAUCUCUCACCUAGAACAAGGACAUGCAGUAGAGUAUUUGCACAGAGUAGGGCCUGCUCCUGAUCAACCUCCUAUUGAUCGCAUGCAGGUGAUUCCUACUGGUCACUCAAGUGACGUUGUGGGAGAGUCCCACCAAACUCUCACAGCUACCAUUGCUAAUGGUGAACUGUGGAAAUCAAAGUAACUCGAAAUUGUGAUAAAUACAGAAGCAGUUGUGUAGGAGCAGAGUUUAUGAGUUGUCAAAACAUAGGAAAUUAAAGAUCAGAACCAGGAAGAGAUUUUACAUGUUAUAUGUCUUGUGAGAAAAAACAUUUUGUUUUCCAACAAGAUGUAAUAGUGUAGUGUUUACACUGUGUAAAAACGUCAGUACAUUACUAAUC